UAAAUAGAAAUUCACGAAACCCACGGAAUUCAAUUGAGAGGCGCAAUGGAGGGAGGCGUUGGUGCAGCAGGAGGAGGAGCACAGUACAAUCCACGCACAGUGGAAGACGUUUUUAGGGAUUUCAAUGGCCGCCGAGCCGGCUUGAUCAAGGCUCUCACCACCGAUGUUGAAGACUUUUAUCAGCAGUGUGAUCCAGAGAAGGAGAAUCUGUGUUUGUAUGGCUUUCCUAGUGAACAAUGGGAAGUCAAUUUGCCCGCUGAAGAAGUUCCUCCUGAGCUCCCGGAGCCUGCAUUGGGUAUCAACUUCGCUAGAGAUGGGAUGCAAGAGAAGGACUGGUUAUCUUUAGUUGCUGUGCAUGGCGAUGCAUGGUUGCUUGCUGUGGCUUUCUAUUUUGGAGCCAGAUUUGGAUUCGAUAAGGCUGACAGGAAGCGAUUAUUUACAAUGAUAAAUGAACUCCCAACAAUUUUUGAAGUUGUGACUGGUAGCGCAAAGAAACAAUCAAAGGAAAAGUCAUCUGUCUCAAAUCACAGCAGCAGCAAAUCCAAGUCAAAUUCUAAAGUGACAUCUGAAUCUCAAGCAAAGUAUGUAAAAGCAUUGCAGCCAAAGGAUGAAGACGAGGGCUUUGACGAGGAAGACGAGGAUGAACAUGGAGAGACAUCAUGCGGGGCUUGUGGUGAGAGCUAUGGGGCAGAUGAAUUCUGGAUAUGCUGUGACAUAUGUGAGAAGUGGUUCCAUGGCAAGUGUGUGAAGAUCACCCCUGCUAGGGCUGAGCAUAUCAAGCAAUACAAGUGCCCAUCGUGCAGCAGCAACAAGAGAGGUCGCAGUUAAUAUGGCCAAGGGAUGUUCUCUUCCUUUGUAGACUUCUUUAGUGGACUGUUAUGUUGGGCAUGUUAAACUUUCCUAGAACAAUUUUUAGCGCAACAUGCAAACGGUUGCUUUUAGUACACUAGACCUCAGUUUUCUGCGUGCUUAGUUUUAGUUCUGUGAAGAUGUUACUUGUCUUGAGCUAGAAAUGUUUAGCUGUUGUCUCUUCUAACUUUUUAUCAGAAUCAAAUUGACGGCCUUUUCCCUUCCGCGUCA